AUGAGUGACACAGCCACGCAAGCUGUUUUCAGCAGCAUCUGCUCAACGGCGAAAAACCGUGCCAAUUUCAUCGAUAAUCUUCUGUCGUUCAUGCGACAAUACGCGUUCGAUGGGGUCGAUUUUGACUGGGAAUAUCCAGGCGCUCCAGAUCGCGGCGGUCAUCCUGACGAUGGAAAGAAUUUCGUCAGUCUGCUUUCGGAAUUGAAAGCAGCCAUCUCUCGCCAGCCUCUGCCGUACAUUGUCUCAUUCACGGUACCGACAAGCUAUUGGUAUCUGCGAUGGUUUGAUCUAGCUGCUGUGGAUCACGUUGACUGGGUGAACGUCAUGUCAUAUGAUUUGCAUGGUGUCUGGGACCAGGACAACCCAAUCGGCAACCACGUGCUGGCUCAUACAAAUCUCACGGAGAUCAAAUCCGCUCUCGAUCUUCUGUGGCGAAAUCAAGUCCCUGCGGAAAAGCUGAACCUUGGCGUAGGCUUCUAUGGCCGCUCAUUUCAACUAUCUGAUUCGUCCUGCUUUACCCCCGGCUGUAAAUUCAAAGGCGGGGCGUCGCCCGGACCCUGCACAGACAAUUCUGGAACGUUGUCAUACCGGGAAAUCAUGGCGAUUAUCGAUGAGUAUGGUGUAGAGCCUUACCAUGAUGAAGAAAACGCGGUCAAAUACAUAACUUGGAAUCAGGAUCAAUGGGUUUCGUACGAUGACAAAGACACUUUCAAGGCAAAAAUCGACUACGCGAACAGUGUCGGACUCGGUGGACUUCUUAUCUGGUCAAUUGAUCAAGACACUGACAAUCUUGACGCUCUCUCGGCUCUGCUGGAGCCGAAGAGUCUGGCUUUCGUCCGGAAAGAGGCCGAUAAUGCAGAUCUUACGAGAGAUGCCACUGAACCAGAUUGUUACGUCAGUGAUUGUGGAGGUUCCUGCAAACCUGGAUUCAUCUCCAUCACCAAACAACCUUGCGGGAGUGCAACUCCGUUUUUUCGUCACUCCGAUCAAGCCGACAGUACCCUGUGCUGCCCUCUCACGGCAGCGCCAGAUCCAAAAACGUGUACUUGGAGAAGUACAGCACCGCUUUGCAAUGGUCACUGCGAGGAUCAGGAAGUACUCGUCCAAAUGAAUCCAUGGGGAGACAGUACCUACUGUGAAGAUGGCAACAAGGCGUAUUGCUGCAAAACGAGUGACCACAGUAAUAAAUGUUACUGGACAGGCAUGGGUGGCGACUGCAACAGUGGGGAUACUGCAUUCACGUUCGCUUCAAAUUUCUUCCACAGCUUCGGUAUUUUUGUCGGCGUCGCACUCGGCGUCGGUACCACGAUCGCUCUGUUGCUCUCGGUUGUUGACCCUCCUUUCCCCGAAAAGAAGUGGCAUAUAUAUACUGUGCAUUGGGACGUUUCGAAAUGGGUUGAAGUGUCUGGCCGGCGAGUUUUGAAGUAUGCUGGGCUGAGCGAAUCACAGUGGCUUCUGUUGAACGGCGCGCUCUUGCGUCGACUGGCAGAACGGAAUUUCGAAGGAGAUGCGACCAGCUUUCUAGAUGCAGCUCCGGCACACUGA